GACGCAGUGACGUUGCCCCUCCGCUCGAAUCUCCGCAGUCAGCUGCGAUGUGAGGUGUGCACUCUCGCUCUUGCAGAGACGGGGUGGGAGACUGAGAGGGACGGAGAGGAAAAAAAACACACAGACAGCUUCGAGAAAAGAGAGGCAUCAUGGCACCCAUCGGUCUGAAGGCGGUGGUCGGCGAAAAGAUAAUGAAUGACGUCAUAAAGAAGGUCAAGAAGAAGGGCGAAUGGAAGGCCCUAGUGGUGGACCAGCUCAGCAUGAGGAUGCUGUCGUCCUGCUGCAAGAUGACAGACAUCAUGACCGAGGGCAUCACCAUUGUUGAAGACAUUAACAAGAGGCGGGAGCCGCUGCCCACCCUGGAGACCAUUUACCUUAUCACCCCCACUGAGAAGUCUGUGCAGACUCUCAUGGGGGACUUCAAAGACCCCCACUCAGCCAAAUACAAAGCAGCCCAUGUGUUCUUCACCGACUCCUGCCCGGACCCCCUGUUCAAUGAACUGGUGAAGAGCCGGGCUGCCAAGACUAUCAAGACCCUGACAGAGAUCAACAUCGCCUUCUUGCCCUAUGAGUCGCAGGUGUACUCCCUGGACAACCCCGAUGCCUUCCAGAGUUUCUACAGCCCCCACAAGACCCAGCUGAAGAACCCGGUGAUGGAGAGGCUGGCCGAGCAGCUGGCCACGCUGUGCGCCACUCUGAAGGAGUACCCUGCCGUGCGAUACCGGGGCGAGUACAAGGACAACGCCACUCUGGCCCAGCUGGUCCAGGACAAACUGGACGCAUACAAGGCUGACGACCCCACCAUGGGAGAGGGCCCAGACAAGGCCCGGUCCCAGCUUAUCAUCCUGGACCGAGCCUUCGAUCCGGUGUCCCCCGUCCUGCACGAGCUGACCUUCCAGGCCAUGAGCUACGACCUGCUGCCCAUCGAAAACGACGUCUACAAGUACGAGACGAGCGGCAUGGGCGACUCCCGCGAGAAGGAGGUGCUGCUCCACGAGGACGAUGACCUGUGGGUGUCACUGCGGCACAAACACAUCGCUGAGGUGUCCCAAGAGGUCACUCGCUCCCUGAAGGACUUCUCUGCCAGCAAACGGAUGAACACGGGCGAGAAGACCACCAUGAGGGACCUGUCCCAGAUGCUGAAGAAAAUGCCUCAGUACCAGAAGGAGCUGAGCAAGUACUCCACCCACCUCCAGCUGGCUGAGGACUGCAUGAAGCACUACCAGGGCACCGUGGACAAGCUGUGCCGUGUGGAGCAGGAUUUAGCCAUGGGCACCGAUGCCGAGGGUGAGAAGAUCAAGGACCCCAUGAGAGCCAUCGUGCCCAUUCUGCUGGAUGGCAACGUCAGCACCUACGACAAGAUCCGCAUCAUCCUGCUCUACAUCUUCCUCAAGAACGGGAUCACAGAGGAGAAUCUGAACAAGCUGAUUCAGCAUGCCCAGAUCCCCCCAGAGGACAGCGAGAUCAUCACCAACAUGGCCCACCUGGGAGUGCCCAUCAUCACAGACUCAACCCUGCGCAGGGGCAAGAAGAUGGACCGCAAGGAGCGGGUGAGCGAGCAGACCUACCAGCUGUCUCGCUGGACCCCUCUGAUCAAGGACAUCAUGGAGGAUGUGAUUGAUGACAAGCUGGACACCAAGCAUUACCCCUACAUCUCCACCCGCUCUUCUGCCUCCUUCAGCACCACUGCAGUCAGUGCCCGGUAUGGCCACUGGCACAAGAACAAGACCCCCGGCGAGUACCGCACUGGCCCCCGCGUCAUCGUCUUCAUCAUCGGCGGGGUGUCCUUCAGCGAGAUGCGCUGCGCCUACGAGGUCACGCAGGCCAAUGGCAAGUGGGAGGCCAUCAUCGGUUCCACCCACACGCUCACCCCCACCAAAUUUCUAAUGGACCUGCAGCACCCCGACUUCCGAGAGUCCACUAGGGUGUCCUUUCAGGACCCAGAACCCUCAGACAACUGAGAGAGAGACAGAGGGGGAGAGAGAGAGGGAGUGGGAGAGAAAACACUCUUGAAAAAGAUCGACUCAUAUCUUCACUCCAACUGCAGUCCUCGACGCCCUCAAAGCUAUGAAUAAACCAGAUGAGGAGCAGUAGUGUCACCCCCACCCCUCCAUGCCUUCUUAGUGCCCCUCCCAUUCCUUCCAGGAUGCCAGCCACUCCUAUAUUAAAUGUGUAUGCAUCUUGCUUGAGGAAAAAAAAAAAAUUAAAGCAUUGAUAAAAAAAAAAAAUUAUAUAUAUAAAUAUAUAACAUGUUGACACAAAGAAAUCAUUGCAAGUAUUCUCAUGUUUUAAAAUGGAUGCAAAAAUAAGGUUUAAGUAUCAAUAAGGCCAUUUAAAACAUAAAGUACCAAAUUUAAACACUGUAUGCUAUGAAACCUGUUAGAAUGUGUAAAUUGUAGAUUUUAUUUGUUCCCUCGGUUUUCUUAUAAUGGUGUGCAUUCUUCUAUCAGUGGUGGACAGAGGAGGGACUUGCUGAUCGCGGUUUUGCGUGAGAGUGACAAACUUUUGCUGUUGGACAACAGUGCGUGGCUUGCCUCAGGCCACCGGGGGCAUGGGUCCUAGUGGACCGUACUGUCUUUAAGGGUCGUAGACCAGAGAGAGGACGCGGCUGAAUCCCCAGAAAAGACACCUUACGAGAAACAAAUACCAGCUCCCAGAAUGCAUUGCGUCACGCCCAUCCUGAGACAGGAGGAAAAAAAGGGACCAAUGAGGACUGACGACAGAGUUUGCACAAGCUGAGCGCUGCUGUAAAUAUCACAGCCGGCAAAGGCUGCGCAUCGCAAGCGCCAUCCCUCCUCUCGCUCUGUGACUGGACGCAUUUACCCUCCAACCUGUUCUCCGAAGACUCAAAUGUUGUAGUGUCAGAAGGCCACUGCUUGCAAAACUUUUCAAAGGGCCAGUCGUAUCUCAGUAUUGUAUCCUGUCCAAUCACGUCACGCCGUUGAUUAUUAAUGACAUUUAUCUGCCCAUGCACUGAGUACCGUGUCGUGUAUAUGCCAUAUGUUGAUGUUUCAGCGUCCCACUGUUCCCAGUGAUAUUUCUGACUGUGAAGUAGCAAAAUAUUUCCUUUGAAGAUGCCAAUGUGAAGCCACUGUGUUUUGUGACGUUUUAGCUGUAGUUGUAGUGGUCUUGGGAAAAAAAAAAAAAUCUCUCUAUAUUUUAUUAGUCUGUUACUUUUUCUUCUGGUGCAAUGUAAAAUCUUCCACUGUUGAAAGGCUUUGCAAGAAAAAAAAAGAAAAAACAAAUGAAAACUUCUCUCGGUUUCUUUCCUUUGUCCCCCUUUCUUGGACGAACAGGCUGUAUAUUGCACUAUGCGUUUUUCUGUGAUGCACAGGCUUGUUUAACAGUUUUCCUUUGUUGCCGUUGUAUAGCAUUCAUGAUGUCUACUUGAUUGAUUUAUAUCAAAGUUAUUUAUCAGAGAGAAAGAUAUGAAUAAAUUAGGUCUGUCUCAAAUCUGUUUAACUUAUUGGAAUUAUAUGUUUGCGAGUGUUGAAGCACAAAUAGAAGUACUCUAUAUGUACCUAUGUACUAAAGCUGUCUAAUAAAUUUGGCUUCCAUUAAA